CACGCCACCAACUCUCCUCUCAAUCGAUCACAAAUAUUUCCAAUCACAGGGAGCCUUUCUCGCUGAGUUUGGCGGCUCGUCGCCGGGAAUUUUCCUACCGAAAACACGGCAAAUGAGAAGCAGACUCGGGGCGAACGAAACUAUUUGAAAACACAAACCGUUCAAUUCCGGUUUUCCUUUCGUCGUUGUGGAAACGUUAAAAAACGAAAAGUCACGGUUUGAGAUAAGGAACGGAGAAGAAGUACAAAUAUUGCGAAUAGCCGGAUGUGCCGGGAGUGAUAAAACGGAUUUUCAGUGAUUAAAAACCCUCCGUUCGGUCCGAUCGCAAAGUCACGUAGAGACUUUUGUCAAAUUAUCGUUCGCAAGCGCGCACGAGAGAGAGAGAGAGAGAGAUUGAGUGUCGGGAAAGAAAUUUUCGUUGGUGGACGGAGCGAUCCGACGAGCUCGUCGGUCCCGCGAAAUAUUGAAAUUUCAAAUAAUUUUACGAAACGAGUUUGCAUUCGCGAACUUUGGCGAACGAGGAAGAGCGUCGAUUAGGAAAUAGCGAGAGGAGCGCGCGACGCCGAUUUUCGAGGCGGAAUUUCAAUCGAAUUUAAAAGCCUCCAGAUCCCCAACGGACUUUGAAGUUCUACGGAAUAUUUACAGCCAAAUGAAUCGUUAAAACGAGUUGAACGGGCGAAGUUUGUGGCUAUUUUUAUUCGCGAAUCGAGAGAGACGGCGAUGUCGAGCCGGAGUGAAAGUGAGCGAUGGUCGAAUUGAGUUAACGUGGCAAACGAUGCUCUAUGCUCAUAUGCACCGAUAUUCAAAUCCAUACGAGGCGGAAUACGCGGCCGACGAUUGACAUCGAGCGGAAAGAGCUCGGUUCACCAUUCCGGAAAGUGCGCGAGCCCCGGAUCGAAAUCGUCGAUCGAAAGCUCGAAUCUUCGGGCAUCGGGGGUCAACGUCAUCGCGCACCAAGGCAGGAAACGCUCAAAUUCGCGAUCGAAAUUCACACGCAACGGAUAAGAGCGAGUGACGACGAAAAUUCUCAGUGCGUCUCGAUUCCGGAUCGAGAAAAAUCUGAAGAAACGUCCCGACUCAGGAAAAUAUAUAAAAAAUGACUGUGGUAAUGGACGAGACAAGCACCUUCGUAACGUGGCCAUCGCGAUUAAAGAUCGGAGCCAAGACGAAGAAGGAUCCUCACAUAAAGGUUGCAGGUCGACCCGAUGACGUUCGAGCGGCUAGAGAGAAAAUUAUGCAGAUUUUGAACGCUCGUCAAAACAAUAGAGUCACGAUGAAGUUGGACGUGAGUUACACCGACCACUCGCACAUCAUCGGCAAGGGUGGUCUGACGAUAAAACGCGUGAUGGAGGAGACCGGAUGUCACAUCCACUUCCCGGACAGCAACCGAAGCAACCACCAGGAGAAGAGCAACCAAGUGUCCAUCGCUGGUGAGAUGGAAGGUGUGGAACGAGCCAGAGCUCGAGUCAGGAACCUCACGCCUUUGGUGUUUACUUUCGAACUGCCGAUAAUGGGGUCGACUCAAUCCACGCCGGACUUAACUUCGCCGUACGUCGUCAAGAUUCAGGAGAAGUACAACGUCCAAGUGAUGUUUCGAACGCAACCGAAGCUCCACGCGACUCUCGUCGUCGUCAAAGGCUGCGAGUGGGAAGUGAGCAAAGCUAAGGACGCGACGCUGCUGCUCAUUCAUUACAUGUGCGACCACCUCGCGAACCAGAUUCAAGUGCAAAUGUCGAUGGAGAUCUCGCCGCAGCACCACAGCAUCGUGCUGGGCAAGCAGAACUCGAAUCUCAAGAUGAUUAUGCAACGGACUGCCACGCAAAUAAUGUUUCCCGACGCCGGCGAUCCUUAUAUUCCGAGUCUGAAGAAAAGCAACGUCAUCAUUACAGGCGCUAUUCGCAACGUCUAUCUGGCACGUCAGCAAUUAGUCGGCUCGUUGCCUCUCGUCCUGAUGUUUGAUUUGCCGGAGAACACGACGCCGAGCGUCGCCACCGACAGCGUAUCGCAGCUGAUGCAGACUCUCGACGUUUUCAUAAACGUACGACCCAAACCGAACCAGCCUACGCUCUCGGUAAUAAUCAAGGGAAUCGAGCGGAACGCAAGCAACAUUUACGAGGCGAGAAGGAGACUUUUGGGUCUGGAUGAGCCGAGAGUGCACGCCGAAAUACCGGAGACUUACCACAUCCCGAACGCUGAAAACGUGUUCCAAGGAAACAACAACGCGAGCAACGGUGGUAACGCGAGUUUGUUGGAACUAGCCGAUAAUUUUUCGAACAUUUUAUCGAUAAACACGCAAAAUUCGGCUUUCUGCAUGUCGCCGAUGUCGCACUCGCCGAAUCCGUUGGGACUUUCGCCGCAUUGGACGUUACCCUCGUCUUUGUUCUCGCCGCUUCCGUUACCGCACAAUUAUCCGUAUCAGCAGAUGAAUCAUUUGCAGACAGGAGUGGCGGGCCAAAUGAUGCAGCCGAAUCCGUCGAUGCCUCAACACCAAAAUUUAACUGCACAAAAUUUACUCGGUAUAGGACAAUUGCAACAGCAUUUGGCCGCGAUGAGAAACUACGGUGGUAUGAGAAAUUGGAACGGGAAUUUACAGUACGAUAGCAAAGGAGGGAGCGCGGACUCUUCGCUGAGCAGCGCCUCGAGCUCGCUCUCGAGUUCGACUGCCAGUCCGCGCAAUAUUUCUCCUGUAAAUCCCUCCGAAAACAUGGAUUUCGGGAUGAUGGAAAAAAACAUUAUGCUCUCCGACAUCGGCGUCGGCGAUCGCCGCGCACCUGGUUGCGAAAAAAAAAUCCUCGAGAUGGCAGCACAGAGCAACCUCUCCUCGUACGACUACGAUCAAAAAAGAAUCAUGGCGGUCAAAGCUGUCCAAAAUAGACCCAAAGCCAACGAAUACCGAGUACCGAACUCUACCUGGUCGGGUUAUGGUUUGAGCGAGUCAAUGCCCCCGAUUACCGAAACCAAUGAACAAGAUAAGAAACAUCUUGCGGAUACCUCCGAAUUAUGGGACGACGAGUUAACACCGGUCGGUUACAAGCCGUUCAAUUUCAGCAUGAACACGAGCAAAGAAGCGACGCCGAUAGGAAUGACGUCUAAUUAUCUCGAGCACACGCCAUCGUCUCAGCUUGAAAAAAUCACGUCCGAGAACUAUAACGAACUUGCGACGAUGCUCACGAGUGUGAAUCUCGAGAAGUAUAUACGUCUUUUCGUCGCUCACGAAGUUGAUUUGGCGACGUUCCCGACCCUCACGGAAAAGGAUCUUUGCGAAAUAGGCAUUACUGCCUGGGGCGCUAAACGCAAAUUGCUGCUUCUCAUUUCCGAAAUGAAAAAGCGUUCAAGUCCUUUUUCGGGAGCGGCAGCGCCAGGUGCGGAGAGAAAAAUAAACACGAGUGCGAGUGGAGCAUCGGUGGCAGUGUCGAUCGCGCCAACGAGCACCACAAUGACGGAUCGUACGUGGUAAAAAAAACAAGUUACGAAAGCGAAAAAACAAACGAAAACCCGAACGUCAACGAAUUAGCAACGCCCUUUGGACAGCGCAGGAAAGCUUUUAUUUUUUAUAUAUUUUUUUUUUUUUUUCAUUGCAUGCAGCUUUCCUCGUGACCAGAGUGCCGCGUUUCCAGUUCGUGAUGGAAAUCUCGCGCGAAUAAUGGCAAUCCACCGUUUCGAUCGAUGUCCGAAGACAAUUAUUUUUUUCUUUUUUUUUUUUUUUUUUUCAAACACUCGCCUCGAAUCUACUGUCCACGAGUCGUCUCGUCGUCGUGUCCCGCGUAUUUUCGUCGACAGAGGGACGAUCGCUGCGACGUUUUUUUUUUCUCGUUUCGAACCCAUCGAUUGGGGCGAUCGACUAAUUUUUUUUUUUUAACUUGUAUAACUUUUUUUUUCUUUUUUUUUUUUGCAAUUCGCUCGUCCCAUCGUCGUCGAGAACGCGAGACAGCGACGACGCGUGAUUCUUUUUUGUUUCCCCCCCCCCCCCUUCUUUUCGUUCACCGUACGAUCGUAGAGGUUAAACGAGAGAAGAGACGAGAAGUCAUCGAGAACGGUGGAUCGUGAAGUCGUUUUUUCACGGUAAAACAAAACGCUCACGCACACAUGUAUAUUUAUAUAUGUAUAUACGCGUGUUUGUAUGUUCCAUUAAUAUUAAUUUAACGCACUGCUAUGCGAAUAAUCAUUGCUGUUAACUCCGUGGAGACUUUGUUAAUAAAAACGUGUGUCAAAUGCGAACGAGAGAAAAAGAGAUAGAGACUAUAUCUAUAAAAGUUGAGAAACUCGCGCGCGAACGGGCGAGGACCGUAUCGCGGCUGAUCAUUGAUUCGACAAAAACGAAUAAUAGAGCAAGAAGAAAAAAAUGAUUAAACGAACAAAAUGAGUGAAUUUCGCUCGUUAUUAGAAUAAUCAUUACCGUUAACUCCGCGGAGAUUUCGUUCGAAAGUGUCUUCAAAUAUAUGCCAAGAGGAAAACGAGAAAGGGAAUAUUUCUAUGAGCGUUGAUAAGCGAGAAUAGUCCCGCGCCGGAAAUAAAGAAAAACGAGAAAAGAAAAAAAAAAUAAAAAAUAAAAAACACAAAAUAAUGAAAAAUAAGGAUAAAAUAGAGAAACAAAGAAAAAAAAAAACAACAAAAAAAUGCAUGAAGAAGCAACCCGUGCAUUCAGUGGACUCUCAGAGAGUUUUCAUUUCCGUAUAUGGAAAAUAUUUAAUUGAGACUAAGCUCGAAAGCGCCCGCGGUUCGACGUAACGGAUCAACAUUGCCAUUGUUUAUCUAAAUAUAUGCUCGCACACGUCCGAGAUUGAAAAUCAUCGAUGCAAAUAGUGAUAUAUUUAAUCGGAUUUUUACGAAUGUUACAAAGCACUCUUCUGAAUCGCAAGUGACCAACUUAUAAUCGCUAUUGAGAUUUAAUCAAAUACUAACGAGAUAAUCCACCACUCGAAUUGUAGAAAGAACGCAAGCGAUGAGGAAGAAAACUCUACGAAUAACGAUACGACGGUGCGGGGCGCGCGGGCUAUCCCGGCUUCGGUAAAUAAAAACAAAAAUAACAUCAUCCGUUACGACACGUUCCCGGAAGUGUUUUUCGAGUUUUAUAUAAAUAAACACACGCGCACACGCAUAUUAUAUAUUAUAUUAGAGUAUGAGAUAACGAGUAUUUAUUGUAUUAAAUUACACCGGAGAACGCUGAAUGCACUUGUUGAGCGAGGGUCCAUUUUUUUUUUUUCAUAUUUUUUUUCCACUUUUUUGCUCUCGCAACAUCGAUCUCUCGGCACGGACACACCGCGCGUCGUCGUUGAAAAACAAUAACUAUUUCUGUACCUCUGCCCUCUCGCGGAACGUGGAAUACGCGAAAACGAUCACAUUCUUUCUUCCCCCCCCCCCCCCCCCCCCCUCCUCGUCGGAGAUAAUGACAAAAAGAAAAGAAAAAAGACAACGAACGACAACGAUUAUUCGAACUCGCUCAAUAAAUGACCAACUUUCCGAUUAAUGUUUCAAGACUUUUGUACUUUUUGUACGACACUAUAUUGAGAACACGCUAACUGUUUAUGACCCUGAAGUUUCCAACGUUGGA